AUGGUGGCUACUCAUAAUCUAUCUUUCAUCGGUUUAAUUGAAUCGAAGAAGGAAAUCGUGGAUGAUUAUCUUAUUAAAAAUCUUUGGCCAAAUUUGGAUUUUAAGUUUGAUUUUGUCCCUUCCGUUGGUGCAUCGGGUGGUUUAGUGCUCAUUUGGAAUUCAGUACUUCUUCGUAAUGUAACUAUUUCCAAAGAGAGGGUUGCUUUUUGGAGGAAUUUGACCAGUUAUAUGGGUUUCAUUGGCACUAUCUUCAUUAGUGGUGAUUUUAAUGAAACGCUAGCCCCAGAGGAAAUAUUAAAUGGAACGGUUUUUACACCAUCUAUGUUGGCACUUCGAGAGUUUAUUAAUGAUUCAGAGAUGUUAGAUUUGCCACUUCAGGGGAGAGUUUUUACUUGGCAAAAUUCUUUUUCGAGAUCUCGUAUUGAUAGAUGCUUGAUCUCUACGACUGCUAGCUUGCUUUGGCCUAAUAUGUCUUUAUCAGCUUUGCCAAGAGGUCAAUCAGACCAUGUCCCUAUUUGCUUUCGUUCAGCAAAUAAAGUUGAUUGGGGUCCUAAACUGUUCCGCUCGGUUGAUGCUUGGUGGGAUCAUGAGGAUUUUAGCGAUUUUGUGGCUGCCAACUGGAGUGAUAUCUGUUUGAAGUCUACUAAUCUCAUCCAGAGAUUAAAAGAUUUAAGGCAGCGUAUUAAAGCUUGGAAUUCAGAGGUGUUUGGUGAUCAAUCCAAAAGAAUCAGAGAACUUUCGGAUGAGAUUCUUUUAAAAGAAGUAGCAGGGGACUCGGGUCUGAUUUCAGAGGAUGAGCAAGUGGCGCUGUCUAAGCUGAAAGAAGAUCUUUGGACAGAAGAGAAGAAUAUGGAAUCUUUAUGGAUUCAGAAAUCCAGGCUGAAAUGGAAUAUGGAAGGAGAUAAAAAUACUAAGUUUUAUCAUAGUAUGGCCUCAAUCCAUUACAGAAAGAAUAUGAUUUCUUCUAUUCAGAGGGAGGAUGUUGUCUUUUCUGAGCCUAAAGACAUCAGAUUUGAUAUCUCAGGGUUGGAUUUUAAACGUCUUUCGGAUUCUCAAGCAGAUUCGCUGAUGCUUAGUUUUGAGGAAACCGAGAUCUUAGAUGCCCUCUCCUCCUGUGGUGAGAGGAAGGCUCCUGGUCCUGACGGUUUUAACUUCUAUAUUUAUAGGAGAGCUUGGCCUUUUAUGAAGGACGUUUCUAUUGAAUUUUUCGCAGAUUUUCACGGUUUUAAUACCUUACCUAAAGGUAUUAACACGUCUUUUAUGGUCUUGAUUCCGAAGGUUGCAGGCUCGGCUAAUAUUAAGGAUUAUCGUCCCAUUAGUUUAGUAAAUGGUUUUUUCAAGCUUCUUUCGAAGAUACUUUCUCGGAGAUUAGCACCUUUACUUACUAAUAUGGUUUCUCAAAAUCAGCAUGCUUUCAUAAAAGGUAGAAGUAUUCAGGAUUGUUCGAUGAUUGCUAAUGAGCUUGUUCAUUUAGCUAACAAAAAGGAGAAAAUGCUUGUUUUAAAGCUGGACUUUCAUAAGGCUUUUGACAGCAUUGAUUAG